CUUGACGUCACAUCCUGAAGAAAGCUUUGCCUUCUACUUUUUGUUGGGACCUGUGAGAGAAAAUUAUCUCGCAAAGGUAACGAGGUGGGGGGGAAGAAGAAAGAGAAACAAGUUACAAACCAUGGAAAUGUACGAGAUUGCUGUUUAGUCGUCUACAAUGCAAGCGGACGUGCUUUCACCGUGAAUUCAUACGAAGACGUUUUUGUGUGGUAGUGUAACUCUCCCCCCAUCAUGCUGAGUUUCCUGCGCAGGACGCUGGGACGACGCUCCAUCCGAAAACACACAGAAAAAACUCGGUUACGUGAGGCCCAGCGUGCCACGACGCACAUCCCUGCUGCUGGGGAUGCAAAGUCUAUCAUCACCUGCCGUGUUUCCUUACUGGACGGGACGGACGUCAGCGUUGACCUGCCGAAAAAAGCCAAAGGUGAGGAGCUGUUUGACCAGAUCAUGUACCAUCUGGACAUCGUAGAGAAAGACUACUUCGGACUGCGCUUUAUGGACUCGGCACAAGUGCCGCACUGGCUUGAUGUCACAAAAAGUAUCAAAAAGCAAGUAAAAAUUGGCCCACCAUACUGUCUUCACUUGAGAGUUAAGUUUUACUCCUCCGAACCGAACAACCUGCACGAGGAGCUUACCAGAUACCUAUUUGUGUUACAGUUAAAGCAAGACAUCCUCAGUGGCAAGCUAGAAUGUCCAUUUGACACAGCGGUGGAGUUGGCUGCCUUUUCGAUACAGGCUGAACUAGGUGAUUGUGACCCAUUAGAGCAUAAUCUGGAACUGGUAUCAGAAUUUCGCUUUGCCCCAGACCAGACAGAGGACAUGGAGCUAGCGAUAUACAACAAAUGGAAGGAAUGCAGAGGUCAGAUGCCAUCCCAAGCUGAAAUUAAUUACCUGAAUAAAGCCAAGUGGCUCGAAAUGUAUGGGGUGGACAUGCAUAUGGUCAAGGCAAGAGAUGGUAAUGAGUACAGUCUGGGGUUGACACCAACUGGAGUUUUAGUGUUUGAAGGAGAAACCAAGAUAGGGCUCUUCUUCUGGCCCAAGAUCACUUGUCUGGAUUUUAAGAAGAGCAAACUGACGCUUGUGGUAGUGGAGGAUGAUGACCAGGGCAAAGAACAGGAGCACACUUUUGUCUUCAGGAUGGACCACCCCAAGGCCUGUAAGCACCUCUGGAAGUGUGCUGUGGAACACCAUGCUUUCUUUAGGCUGAGAGGGCCGGUACAUAAGAACUCUGCACGCUCUGGAUUCAUACGCAUGGGAUCACGCUUCAGAUACAGUGGAAAGACAGAGUACCAGACAACCAAGGCCAAUAAGGCAAGGCGGUCAUCUUCCUUUGAGAGAAGGCCCAGUCGACGUUACUCCAGAAGAACAAUGCUGAAUCGAGGAACAUACCAUCCCCAGGAUGUUCUUUCCUCGGGAAACGGAGUCAGUUCUAGCAAAGGCAACAAGGCUUCUCCCAGUAGAGGUGCCUGGUCAGCUGUGCCUGUUGUCAACCCAGUAGCUGCUUCUGUCUGUGCACCGAUGGAAAUUAAGGCUCUACCCAGGAGUCCUGGAGGAGAAAAGAGAAGUCUGCCCAUGGCUGCUGACCUGAUAGAGACGUGCAUUGAUGAUGUCCUCAGGGCUCCUGUCGUUCCCACAGCGGCAGCUACAGACGAGUCUGGUCCAAGUAACGCCUUUGCUACCCCCAGUGUCAGUGGGGAAGAUGUUCUCGGGCUCGCUGAAGCAGCAGCUCGUCUAAAACAGCUGGAGUUGGAGAGCAUUCCGCUUCUUGGUACUCCAAAAAAUAACAUCAAUGUCAAUAUGGUAAUGAAUAAUCAGGAAGAUGUUGUGAAGCUCACAGAGAAGUGUGGUCUGAGCAAUACAGGCAGUAGUCCAGUUGUCACUCCACUGUGCACCCCAGAGGAUCUGAAGAGUAACAUCCUGAAAGCACAAGCCGAGGCUGCGGCCCUCAAGAAACACAAAAUCCCUGGCACAGAACAAGAACAUGCACUGUCUGUUUCCAGGUUGAAGGUGCGUACCGGCCGAAUGGGCAGUAACUCCUCUCUGUCCGUUAGUGGUCGCUCUGACAUUCAAGACUCCCGGGACCUGCUCAAGCCAGCUUCACUGGUCUCAUCAGCAGGGGCAAGUGUCGAGAGGCUAGCUGAGGAUGGGAACCCCUCUGUUCCCAAGAUGCCCUCUGAGUCUGCCAGCGAAAGCAUGGCACCAAAGGUUAAAGCAGAGGAAGUUGACCUGCCGAACACCACCCCACUGUCUGACAACUUGAUUGAUUUCACCGAUCCCACUCCUAUGCUACCACCAGUUCCCAAACCUCUUAUCACACCUCGCUGGAUCAUUCCUACAACUGCUCCUCCUGGCGUCUUUACUAACGGCGUGCUCGACUUUGACCCCCCCGCUAAGGUCCACCCUCCUCUCCCUGCAGAUGGGGGAGCACCUCUCACCCCAGUCCUCCCCCACCUCGCUCACACAUGUAACAUGAUCUGUGCCAGCACUGUGGGUCAGUCGCCAGCCUCAGAGGAUGGAGCCAAACCCAGAGGUCUCCUGACCACUGAGCUCUGAUGGAGAAAUGAGGAGAAGACCAUCACAACAUUAAAAUCCCUGAUCGCUUCCCCCCCUCACCCCCCUCCCCCAUCCACUCACAAGCAAGCUGGGCCAGGUGUGCUGAACACUGAGGGCUAAGAGGAAAGUGGAACCAGGGAAGAGGCAGCUUACAAACACCACAAACUUAAUUUCACUGACUAACCGAGUGAACAAACAGACCUGAUUACACAGGAAAAUAUUAGAAAUAUGAUUUCAGUUUUUCACAACAUGACACAAUGCCUAGUUUUUGUAGGUCGGUUAAAACAAAAAUUUAGCUCCAGUAUUACCUUCUUAAGAACACCUAACUUGUGAGUCUCCUGUAUGAGUUCACUGCCACCGACCUGCAAGUUACUUAAUCCAUCCAGUCGACCAAACCUCAGUCUCUCUUAACACUGUCUCCUUGUAGAUGACAAGUGAUGUAAGGUCUUGUUAUUCAACUUGUUUGCUACAAAGGUCAAGUUGGGACUGACACAAGAGAAUCGCUGACACUGUGAGGUACGUUGCGCCAAAGCAUAAGGCUAACGACUGUGAGAGUAGGUUGUCUCUUUUGUUCUUUUGCUGCUUUCAACCCCCAUUUUUGAAUCUCGCCGUUUUAUUACUGCUUAUUCACACCACUGGAUCUUUGCUACUCUGAGCUUGUGUGUAAACGCACACAUCGCACAGCAUAUAGAGCUGCUGAAGUACACUGGAUGAAGGACUAAAAAGAAAAACCUAUAAAAAAGAAAGAUAGUGACUAAAAAUUUUGAUUCUAAGAAAUAAUAAGCCUCGGGCUCUUAACAUGAUGAAACAUGGAUAUGAUACUGUACUGUCCUUGUAGCACACUACAAACCCUAGUCACUACUACAUGCCAAAGUCGUCUGUUGGCAGCCACUGGAUAUGAAAACUUUACUGGAUUAGUUUUUGCAACACUGGACUUUGAAAUCUUAUUUUAUUUCUUUUGCGACGGAUGACAAUAGAGAUGACUACAUUGGUUUUUCAGCUGAUGUUUUUAUUGUCCUGCUCUUACUUUUUUGAUGUUUUAAUAUUUUGAGAGAAAGAUGACUACACAAUGAUACAGUUGAAGUUUUACCAUUUUUGUCUAAAAUGGGAUCCUAUGUUUUUAUUUGACAUCCCUGCCUCUACCUGCGAAAAUUUCUCAUUCACACUACUUGUAUCUUCUACUGUUUAUUGGCUAGGUGAAUGCAAAAGGUGGCUGAAUUCCUGUUAAAACCUUUUAACUUAACUAUGAUUCCUGGAGGUGGACACUGUUUCCAGUUUUUUGAGUACAUAUACUGCUUUCAGGAAGCCAGUUUUAAAUUUUGAUACAAUACUAUUAUAAAGAAAAAAGGCAACAGGAUACUUUAACACCAAGGCAACAGGAUAAUUAUUUUUGUUAUUAACAACACGCACACAGUGCUGUUAUAGAAAAAGUCACUAAACACAUCUGUAAAAAAAUGUAAAACAUCAAUUAACAUUACUCUUUUUAAAUGUGUUCACUACCUUGCAGGCCUACACAUUCUAUGUCAUUAUUGCUUUUAGUAUUUUUUUUAUGCUUCACUUGUUUGUUGCUGGAGAGAACGAAGUAACGGCCACCGUUCAUUUUCUUUACCGUUGUCUCAUCGGUGCAGCCUUGUGCUGAAAAUCUCAUUGUUGUUCUGUCUUUUUUUACAUAGCUUCGGUACUUUCAAUGCUAUCAAAUGUAUAAUUUACUGAGAUUGUAUUGUUUUAAACAGGUAUGAAAGUAUCAACACUUUUGACAACCUUGUAUUGCUUAACUGGAUAUCUGAAUUCAUUGUAGACAGUAGACCUUGUUAUACAGUAGAACAUGGCAUCUGGUAUUAACAUGCUGCAGUUACUACCCUGCCUUAUAGAAAUGAAUGUAUUCAAAUAGUCUCAUCUGAGAAUGCUGGAGAUGCCACAGAAUAAAAAGAUGUACAACGUGAUACAUUCUCAAUUUCUGUUGUAUUUUAACUGGAGAAAACGUGAAAUAUCUUAAAAUCAGAUUUUAUUCAGUUGAGGCCUAAUUCUAAUGUAUACCACAUUGACUCUCUUUUGUUCACCCAACUUCAGUCUGGACUCUCAUUCAAGUUAUGUCUUUGUUUGUUUUUUUCAUUAUGACGGUGAUUUCAGUCUUGAACAAGGGAAUCUGACUGUUUUUCAAUGUCGUCUUAGCAGUGACAGUUAUUUAUGCUACUACUCAGCGUAAUUGUUCAAAUAUUACAUGUUGUCCAAAAGUGUUAUAGCGUACAGUUAUGAUGUAUUGUCAGUAUAAUGGCACCAGCUGGCUGUAGAUAUGAAGUAGAUUUAUAUACUGUAUAUUUUUUUGAAAAUCAUGUUGGCAGUAUUGUCACUACACAUUGAGAAGAUUUCUGCAUCGAGAUGUUUUCUAAUUACAAGAGAAGUAGGAAACUGACUGCAAUUUUAUAUAACCUUUUUUUUUCUCUGAAAUACCUGAUCAUGAUUCAGUAAAGCUUUGCUACAGUAGGA